GCUGUUCCGUUAGCCGUCAGGAGGACUCUUUUUCUUCGUAAACCUCUUUAAAGUCCUUGCCGUGUACCGGAAACGGCUCCGUGCGGACGUUCGGGGGUUUAAAACAACAACAACAACAACAAUGUCGCUAAGGAAGUGUCUUCGGGGGCUCGUGGGGGUCUGUGAGUACAAACCGGGACCGUCCUCUCGUUACGGGACGCACUGACGGGAGCGAACAAACCUUCAGAAAGUUUGCCCCCGUUCCUCAAAGAGUUAAAUUCUAGAUCCAGUCGCUACACAUCGGCGUUACAGACAGCCCGGGGGGGGGGGCAUGGCGGACUGUCUGUAAGGACCGGAGGAGGGACCCCGGACCGGAGCGAGCCCCCGGUGACCCGUUGCGAUGGGCAACCGCGGGAUGGAGGACCUGGUCCCGCUGGUGAACCGCCUGCAGCGCGCGCUGCGCGGCGCGAGGCAGAGCGGCAGCCCGCGCGUGCCGCAGAUCGCGGUGGUGGGGGGGCAAAGCGCGGGAAAGAGCUCCGUGCUGGAGAGCUUUGUGGGCAGAGACUUCCUUCCACGAGGUUCAGGAAUAGUGACUCGCAGACCUUUGAUCCUCCAGCUGCUCAGCGGGGACGAAGAGUACGGAGAAUUCUCCCACUGUAAAGGGAAAAGGUUCACUGACUUCGACGAGGUCCGUGAUGAGAUCGAGGCCGAGACUCAAAGGCUCACGGGAUCCAACAGAGGCAUCUCUGCUGUCCCCAUCAGCCUCUGCAUUCACUCCCCCCACGUGCUGAACCUGACUCUGGUGGACCUGCCCGGCAUCACCAAGGUGCCGAUAGGCGACCAGCCGGCGGACAUCGAGUACCAGGUCAGAGACAUGAUCCUGCAGGUCAUCUGCAAGGAGAACUGUCUCAUACUGGCUGUGACGCCAGCCAACACUGACCUGGCCAACUCGGAUGCCCUCAAACUGGCCAAAGACGUCGACCCGCAGGGCCAGCGCACAAUCGGUGUGAUCACCAAGCUCGACCUGAUGGAUGAAGGAACCGACGCACGCAACAUCCUGGAGAACAGGCUGCUUCCCCUACGCAGAGGUUACAUCGGGGUGGUGAACCGCAGUCAGAAGGACAUCGAGGGGAAGAAGGACAUCAAGGCAGCGCUGCUCGCCGAGAAGAACUUCUUUGAGUCGCACCCGGCCUACAAACACAUGGCCGAGAGGACGGGCACGGCGUACCUACAGCGGGUUCUGAACCAGGUGACCCAGACUGGAGCAAAGUAUGCGUCACUACCACCCAUGUCCACACGGUGUGAACGCCUGGUUCUGUCUCUGCAGCAGCUGACCAACCACAUCCGGGACUCGCUGCCGGCCAUCAGGAGCCUCCUGCAGAGCCAGCUGCUGCAGCUCAACCAGGAGGCCCACCAGUACCAGCAGAACCCCCCCGAGGACGCCGCGCGCCGCACCGCCAUGCUGCUCCGGUCGGUUCAGCGCGUCGCCGCCGACUUUGAGAAGCUGAUCGAGGGGUCGAGGGACGAGGUGGACACCGUCAAUCUGUCGGGAGGAGCUCGCAUCAACAAGAUCUUCCACGAGCGAUUCCCCUGUGAGCUGUCCAAGUUUAAGUCGGACGAGAGGAAGCUGCGGCGGGAGAUCACCUUCGCCAUCAGGAACACCCACGGAGUCAGGACGGGCCUGUUCACCCCCCACAUGGCCUUCGAAGCCAUCGUAAAGAAGCAGAUCUCCCGGCUGAAGGGUCCGUGUGUUCAGUUCGUGGAAGCCGUCAGCCGAGAGCUGCUCGCCACCGUGUACCAGUGUCUCCGCGAGCUCGGUUCUUACCCCAAACUGCAGGAGGAGACGGAGAGAAUCGUCAUCACAGAGAUACAAGAGCAGGAGGGACGCUGCAGGGAUCAGGUGUUGCUGCUCAUUGAUUUGCAGCUUGCUUACGUAAACACCAAACAUGAAGACUUCAUCGGCUUCAAUAACACUCAGCAGUGCAGACUAAGCAAUAAGAAGACUGUUGCAGCAAUGGCAGGAAACCAUGGUGUGGCCCCCCCCUCCAGACUAAUAGUGCUACGCAGAGGCUGGCUGACCAUCAGCAACAUGGGCCUCCUGAAGGGCGGGGCCAAGGAGUUCUGGUUCCUCCUCAGCGCAGAGAGCCUGUCCUGGUUCAGGGACGAGGAGGAGAAGGAGAGGAAGUACAUGCUCCCCCUGGACAACCUGAAGCUCCGAGACGUGGAGAAGAGCUUCAUGUCCAGAAGAUACGUCUUUGCUGUCUUCAACACAGAGUUAAGGAACGUGUACAAAGACCACAGGUGUCUGGAGUUGACCUGCGACUCCCAGGAGGAGCUGGACAGCUGGAAGGCGUCUCUGCUGCAGGCCGGAGUCCAUCCGGACCAAGCCCCCCCCGUGGACGGAGGCGGAGCUCCCGAGACCUUUGGUGACCCUCAGGUGGAGCGUCAGGUGGAGACCAUCCGCAGCCUGGUGGACUCCUACAUGAGCAUCGUCUACAAGACCUUCAAGGACCUGAUGCCCAAGACCGUCAUGCACCUCAUGAUCAACGGCGUGAAGGAGUUCAUCGGCUGCGAGCUGUUGGCCCGGCUCUACGCCCGGGGGGGGGCGGGGGGCUCGGCGCUGAUGGAUGAGUCACCAGAGCAGCGGCGCCUCCGGGAGGCGGUGCUCCGCAAUCACGCCGCACUGAAGGAAGCUCUGGCUGUGGUGGGGAGUUUCUCCACCUCCACCUGCACCACCCCUCUGCCUCCGCCUGUCGACUCCUCCUGGAUACGCCCCCCCAGCCCCACGCGGCCAUUUGGCCGAGGCCACGCCCCCUCGCCCCCCCGGGUGCCCGCUCACCGAGCCCCACCCGGCGUGCCGAGGAGGAUUCCUCCCGCUGUCCCAAACAGGAAAUGACAGCCCUUUCUGCUCUAAACUCCAUUACCCAGCAGCCUCAGGUCUGGUUCUCCACCGGCUGCCUGAACAUUGUGUAAAUACAUAAAUAAUAAAAAUACCAACUUUGAGUUAUAAAGACAAUGCACUUUCUCCACUGUUUUAUGAAUAAAAAGCUUAUUUUUCAACUUGAA